AUGUCCGCCGAGCCACCCACCCCGGCAGUAGAACAGCCGGACCACACAUAUGACCACGCAGAAGCCGAUGAAUUAGCCAGAGCAGUCAAGAAAUUUGAAGAAUCCGACCAGCCGAACCAGUCACACCGCGAGCAUGCAUCUCAGUCCAGCUCAGACUGCAGUUCGGACGAACCCUCGAAAGAAAUGCAGCGCGGCAAGCGCGAACUCACCGAGGACGACUGCUACGACAAGCUCGGCUUCUGCUUUCCCUGGUACAAGAAAUGGACUAUCCUCACCGUCAUCUUCAUCGUGCAGAUUUCCAUGAACUUCAACACGGGCGUCUACGCCAAUGCGGUCCCGGGGCUUCAGCAGGAGUUUGGCAUCCGUGCACAGGCUGCCCGUGUCGGCCAGAUGAUCUUCUUGGUGAGCUACGCCUUUGGCUCUGAGUUUAUUCUGAUGAACGUCUGGCAGAUCCCCUGCGCCGUGGCACCGAACUUUGGGACAAUCGUUGUGUGUCGGGCGCUCGGUGGCCUUAGCUCAGCCGGUGGAUCAGUGACGCUGGGCAUGACGGCCGAUAUUUUGGAGGCCGAGGAUCAAGGAUAUGCGGUUGCAUAUGUCGUUCUCUCGUCGGUCGGGGGGUCGACCGUUGGCCCCUUCUUUGGCGGGUUCAUCGGCCAAUACUUAUCCUGGCACUGGGUGUUCUGGGUGCAGUUGAUCUUCGGUGGCGUCACCCAGGUCCUGCAUUUCUUCCUCGUCCCGGAAACGCGCGCCACCAUCCUCAUCGACCGCGAGGCGCGCCGUCGCCGCAAGACCGGGGACGAGGUCUACGGCCCGAACGAGGUCAAGACGCCCCGGCUGGACGCCAAGGAUGUGCUGCGCGUCUGGCGCCGGCCCUUUGAGAUGUUCCUGCGCGAGCCCAUCGUUCUCUGUCUGUCCCUACUGUCCGGUUUCUCCGACGCCCUCAUCUUCAUCUUCACCGAAUCGUUCAGCCUCGUUUUCGAACAGUGGGGAUUCAACACCCUCGCCGUCGGCAUGACUUUGCGCAAGAUCCGCAAGAUGCACGGCCCCGCUGCCCGGCUGCCAGAGUGUCGACUCCUCCUCCUCCUAUUCAUCGCACCGCUGGAACCAAUCGGGCUGCUAGGCUUCGCCUGGACCUCGAUGGGACCGGCCUAUACGCCCUGGGUCGCACGGUGCAUCUUCGCCUGCCUGAUCGCCAUGGCCAACUACGGCAUCUACAUGGCCACGAUCGACUACAUGGUCGCCGCGUACGGGCCGUACUCCGCCUCAGCGACAGGUGGGAACGGCUUCUCGCGGGAUUUCCUGGCGGGAAUUGCGACCAUGUAUGCCACCCCUAUGUAUGAGAAUAUCGGGGGAAGGUUCCAUCUGCAGUGGGCGAGGCCCGAUUAUUCGGGAGAGAAGCAAGUUUGCGCAGACGCUGGAGGCAGACCGGCAGCGGCAUAUGAGUCGGCGGGCGAGCAGAAGCUGUACGAUGUUUGA